UGACUUCAUCAUGCUGCAGGUCGGGAUCUCGUUAGCACGCACCCUUUGUCUGGAUGGAACUUGGCAAUCUCUUGUUAACUCGUUCUCGACGAAUGCAUCUUAUAUAAUUUCUACGGUGUUGUGGGUUUACUGGGGUGUUUGUAUCAGCGAUAUGGUACCAUUCUAUCUUGGUAAGCUUUUUAGACAAACAAGAGCAUCUGAAGACAUAUACAGCAAACUUGGAAUUAGCAAGGAUAAAGCCCUGACUGUAUCUCGUGCUAUACAAAAGUACGGGAACCUGAUUGGCUUUGUUGAACGGUUUUCAAUCGGCGUAAGGAAUCCGACAGGAUUUCUGGCAGGCGCAGUAGGCGUAUCAGCAGACUGUUAUUUCGCUGGAGUUUGUUGCGGCUGUCUGUUUACUCUUCCUAUCCAGUUAGCGAUUGGAUUUCUUCUCAGAGAACGCCCCGUUGUGGCGCUCGCGAGCGGCAUCUGGACUGUGUUCCCUUACGCGGCAGCGGCGUGCACGGCUUUGUUCCUCUACCUCCGGCGACGCAGGCCCAGCAGCUGACUGCGGUGAUCCCUUCUGCAAAAGUUCAUGGUGCAUGCCACCCUCAGUCCAGGAGUAUUCCCCAGUGGGACUCCAAAAUACAUGCUUGUAAAUUUUUGGAAGCUUUCAAAUCGAUUAUGUUGAUCGAUUCUAAUAUUAUUCCACAGCGUAGGAAUUACUGUAAACAGAAUCUAAAAAUAUAGUAAUGUAGAUGCCUGUCAUUCUUGUGUUUUUAACAGGAUAAAAGUGCCAAAGUGGUUGGAACUA